AGCAAAGACAUUACUGUCCACAUGAGCAGUUGUCCUUGUGGCUAGAAAUUCAAGAAGGGUCCUUGGAACAGACUGCAGGGCCGGUAUGAUCCUUGAAUUACUCUCCUUCUUCUGUUUCGGGUUCUGUACUGAUCAAACAAACGUAACAAAACAAGGGUCACUGCCCAAGCCCUCCCUCCGUGCCUGGCCCAGCUCCGUGGUACCUGCCAACAGCAACGUGACGCUGCGGUGCUGGACUUCUGCCAGGGAUGUGAACUUUGUUCUCAGAAAGGGAGGAACUAUUUUGGAGCUCCCACAGUCACUUGAGUCUAUAGAGGGCCUGGCUGAAUUUCACCUCAAUGAUCUCAAAAGCAGAAAUGCCGGAGAGUACACCUGUGAAUACUACAGAAAGGUGUCCCCUGACAUAAGUUCACAGCGCAGUGAUGUCCUUCUGCUGUUGGUUACAGGACAUUUACCUAAACCUUCCCUCAAAAUCCACCAAAAUCAUAAAGUAUCUGAAAGAGGAAACUUGACUCUUCAGUGCCAGAAGCCCGAUGCUACCAUUCAGCCUACAGUGUUUGCUCUACUGAAGGCGGGAGCUUCCACCCCCAUACAGCUGCGGAGUCCAGAACAGAACAGGGUCGAGUUCUCCCUUCAGGACGUGGCAGUCGGUGACACUGGGAGCUACAGCUGUGUGUACUACCAGCCGACGGCUCCUUUCUUGGCCUCACAGCCCAGCAAUCACCUUGAAAUCUGGGUGAUAGGCGAUUACACCACAGGAAACCUCGUCCGGCUGUGUCUGGCUGCCAUAAUUAUGAGAUCCCACAAGUGCCAGGGGAAUGAUAAGUUAGACUGGCUGAUCCUUGACGGUGUUCUGUGGGACCCACAUUCUCGGCUGCAUUGGGAUACACUCAAGGACAGGACGACGGCUUUCUUCUUCCUGUACUUCUCAGCUGGGACAGAGGAUAGAACUGGACGUGAGACUCACCUAACACGUUUUUGUGUACUUGAAUAAAUACUAAAACUUCAGAGUAAGCCUGGGUAGCAGGUUCACUCUCAGCUGCGGGGAACUCUUCCUCCAUUUGAAAGUGGAGGAAACAUUGCUCCUGUAUACUAUUUAUUAUUGCUUCCCCUCCACUCUCCCUAUUUUGUACUUCUGGACAAGCAAUUGGCUAAAUAUUUGAAUUUAUGUACUUAUCAUAUACAUGUUUUAAAUUUUAUUUCACAUUUUUCUGAUAGUUUAUAUAGUUCCAGAGAAUUCCAGUCCAUUCCAUGCCAUCCAUUUGCCCUUGAGUGGUAUCCAGUAUUUCUGGUGCAGGUGUAAAAUUUGCAUUUUAUAUAUUUGCAUUUAUUUAUUUAUUUUAAAUUGGCUAUUUCAAGCCUUUUUUUU